UGGAGGUGCCGACAUGGGGCUCAAGAUGUCCUGCCUGAAAGGCUUUAAAAUGUGUGUCAGCAGCAGCAGCAGCAGCCAUGACGAGGCCCCCGUCCUGAACGACAAGAACCUGGACGUGCCCGACAUCAUCAUCACGCCCCCCACCCCCACAGGCAUGAUGCUGCCCAGGGACUCGGAGAACUCAGUCUGGCUGGAUGAGACAGGGUCAUGCCCGGAUGAUGGCGAAAUCGACCCAGAAGCCUGAGGCGGUGUCAUCGAAUUGUCUGGUGGACUCUUGCUCCAGCGUCCUGGCUUCAGGUGUCCGGGGGUGUGGCUGCCUGGGGAAGGUGGGCUGAGCACCCUGGAUGGAACAGAGCAAAUCCUGGCUGCCGCUCAGAAAGACGUGCCAGGACCAGCGAGGAAUCCGGCCUGCCUGCUUCCACAACAGGGUUUCCCAGGCCCCGCUGAGUGGACGCACCUCUGACGCCUCCAGGCUCUUGCCGACUCUGGCCCGGUAAGAGAGAGUGCCAUGGUCCUGGCUGUCGGGGUCCCAGGGAAAAGUUUUUUUCUGGACGAACACACCCUCCCAGUCCCCUGGGCCGGGCAAACAUGGGCCUCUGCCAUCAACACAAACAAGAACUUCUUGCAGGUGGAGUGGCUGUUUUUUAUGUGUUAUUUUACAGAUAUGGAAACAGUCCAAAAGGGGAUUUAUAAUUUCUUUUUUGCAUUAUAAAUAAAGAUCCUCUGUAACAAAUGGU